GUUCGCCCUGGUGUCGCGUGCAAUUGAUCAACCUGCUCAUAGUUAGCAACAGAUUAUCUUAUUCCUGGCGACCCUCAGACGACGACGUGACAUUGGUCUUCCGGUUCUGCCUGUCCCCUGCACCGUCUCCUCCCUCUCUGCAUCAAUCAGGUGUUUGCAGGCAUAAACGUGACGUACGACGUCGCAAGGCUGCACUGCAGCUUGCCAAGCGCCUUCUGCCUUAUACGACCACGUCGCCUGCCUACCUUUGUGCGACCAUUAUCUCAAAGACAGAGAGAGAGUCGCCCGAGCCCUGGUGCCUCCUUCGAUCCGCGUCGGUAUGAUACAGGGCAAUUGACAAGUCCUCUCUCCUUCGACUUGGAUGACCUCGACGGUCCAACAACAGAAGAAAUAAACAGUCAUGGAAACCCCCAAGCAUCAUCUAGAAGAGCUGGUCAACGGCAGCAGCCAUGCUAAACAUGGCUCUGAGAUCUCAAGAGCCACCUCUCCGGCCGGGACCAUAGCCAUGCAGGACGGUCAUGCGAACGAUGUUGGGAAUCAGAAUAAGCGCAACAGGCCGCGAACAUAUCCUUACUUCUCCACCUUACCAUACCCAGUGGAGGAUGAGGCUAAGAGACAGGAAGACCUGGCAGAGAUACUUAAGCAUCUCUAUAUUGCGGUCCAGGCUAGCGACUUCACUCCGGGUGCGGUGCAUUGGACUAGGGAACUGCGCAGCUGGCUCUCCUUGAAGUUCGAUCCCAGCAAGGAUCAGCGUGUAAAGCUCGUCAGACUCUAUUAUGAACUGGCUCUGGCCCCUGGGAUCGAUCCCAGCGUGGGCGAGCGCUUCGCUAGCAUGUUCAUGCUACUCACCAAACGAAAACACUACUUGCGACCUUUCCUUGACCUAAACCUCGACUGGCGGCCGCUCUUCCGAGAGAUCAAAGUAUUCGUGCUGCCAAGCGAGUCGGGCUUGAUGCAGACAACAAACCUCAAGAGGAAUAUCAAGACACUCAUUAAGAUCAGUUCCUUCGCCCAACUAUAUUUUGACCCAGAGGACAUCCCUGCUAUGCUAGAGGAAAUCCUCCCCCACUUCACGAUGUCCUCGACCGAGGGCGCCUUUGUGGUGAUUGGACUGCUCAAUAUGCUGCUGCCAACAGGACCUCCACCGCCAAAUCGUUCGGAUUUGAAUCCCCAACAUUUUCUUCCAACCUUCUUCCACCUCUGGUCCCUGGUAAACCGUUCCCGAACCGUUGAUGUCGCCCUUGUCGAUCUUCUCUCUCGCCUGGCCCGGGAUUCACUGCCUAGUAAACAGGUCGGAUUCUCCGAGUUCGGGAUAUUCACCGCUGAGCAGUCGACAUUGAUUACAACCGCAGUUCUGAGGUUGCUGGAGAUCCCUGUCGGGCAAUCCACCUCGCCUUACAGCGCUCUGGUGGACAUAACAGCCGGCAUGGGGUUUCUACUGGAUCGUGAUUCGCGCAAACACCCCGUUUCACACCACAUCGCCCGGUGGUUUGUGAUGUCGUUGUCACCGGCCUGUUUGGAAAAGAAGACCUCGGUUCUUUCACUCCUCGAGACACUGAUCCAAGCAAUUGAGACUUUCUUCCACCCGUCAAACUCCGGCUCCUGGACUCGCACCCUGGCUCAACUUGUGUUCUAUCUGGCAGACUUCUUUGUCAUGCGGUGGAACAGGGAACGCAAUGGGGAAAUGGAAGUCCCAGAAGAGCGAAAGCUGAAUGAACCACUGCGAAAACGAUUUGUCCUCUGCCUACGAGAAGUCAUUUUCAUGGGCAUCUAUGCCAAAAGCGGAACAGCCAUGAGCUAUUCAUUGUCCACGCUGCAAGCUCUAGCAUUUUUGGAGCCAGACUUAAUCCUUCCCGGUGCUCUCCAACGUAUUUAUCCCUCAAUGCAAGGGCUUGUUGAGGUACACCGAACGAUCUCGUCUAUACGGUCACUGCAAAUAUUAGCAAGGACGAUGAUCAGAACAAAGGGCUACCGUUGUCACAUCACGGCUCUCCUUGGUCUUGCUCUGCCCGGCAUCGAUGCCAACGAUCUGGACAAGACACUGUGUACAUUGUCAUUCUUCGCGAAUGUCUGCUACAAUAUACCGUUUGAGGAUCUUUCCAAGGGCAGAGAGGACGUCCAAGGUAACAUGCUAGCUAUGGAGUGGAUCACCGGGGAGAUGGAGCGCAUGGAGCAGGAAGGCGCUCAUGUCGAACUGAAUUAUGCCGCCUUGAACGAAAAGGACGAAGAGUUGAUCCUUGCCGCGUCCACCGCCGGGCUCGGGGAGUUCGUCACGUCGUUCUUGGGCAGAGUUUUCGCUCUACUUGAAAAUCUUCCGGAUGCGGCCCGUGUUGGAAGUGGUUCUCCGGAGGAGAAUAUCGUCAACACGCUACCAGCAGCUUUUAUGCCCUUGCUAGCAACUCUCUCACCAGAGUUGUACGACAUCGCAUUGAACAAAAUUGUUGACUUCGCUGCCAACCAUGUCAUUCAUCAAUCAAGAGAUGCCAUGGCAUCCAUCUGCAACUGCUUGUGCAAGGUCGACCCUGAGAAGGCUCUAGCGAAAUUCGUUCCCGUCUUGAUCAGCGCCAUCCGCACAGAAAUCGACGAGAAUGGUGCCGGCUCAACAAGAAAUGCUGUUUCUGACGUCCUGCCUCGGGAUAGAGGCUUGGUUUGGAAUAUCAGCAUGCUCAGUAUGUGCGUGGUUCAUGUGGGCUCAGCAGUCCUGAAAUACAAGCAGGAGCUCUUUGACAUUGCCGUGUACAUGCAGCAGAAAUGCAAAGGCAUGGCGACCGUGCACGUUUCCAACUACGUGCAUCAUUUACUGCUGAACCUGACCGUUACUUACACAGCCGACUAUUCUUUGUAUGAACCUGAAAAGGUUAAGAAUGGGAUAACCGCAGAUCUCUGGGGUGUUGCAGAACCACCAGCAACCAUCAAACCAAAGUGGCAUGUUCCGUCCAAAGAAGAGAUUGAUUUUGCCGUAGAAUUGUUCCAGAAUCAAGCUGAAAGCGCCGUGCAGCACUUGCAACGACUCAUCGACGGCUCAUCUAGCAUCAAACGGGAUGGCAGCGGCAAGGAAUGGUCGGACGAAGUUUCGAGGAACCUCGUCCUACUGCGUCUGCUGCUCGCAGGAGUAUCGGUUCUUUUUGAUUCCAAAGGCGUCAAUGAGGGCCUGACUACGACCGCCGCAGGCGUCGACGCCGACACCGACACUUCGAUGUCUCAGGCAAACGGUCACGCGCCAGAGCAAAGUAAUGAUAUUGUCGAGACUGACGAUUCCCUUGAUGGCACGGACGAGACAUCGAUCAAGCCCUCUUUCCAGUAUCCCGCAGGCGAGUUGCUAAAGCCUGAAGAAGCCAACUACAAGCUUCUCCAUCAACUCAGACAGAAGAUUGGCCGCGUCUUACAUGAUGUCCAUGUCUUUCUGACUCGAGAAGGGGAGGACGAUGUGUCGUCUUUUGCUCCGCUGUAUACUGCCUAUCGAUCAUGGUUCGUUGAUGUUGGUAUCGAACGCUCGGCCCAUGUUCUUGACCGAGUUACUCGACUCUUGCACGCCGACGAGCAGCCCUACAAAGUGAGCGGAAUACGCAAAGACUACCCUCGCUCAAUACUCGUCCGACGAGCCAACGUUUACCAUACUCAGAGACUCCGGCAUAAUGCUGCACCAAGACCACGGUCAGAACUCGACGAACAACUUCUGCUAGACCUUGCGGAGUCUGCUGUCUCUUUAUACACCGAAGUUCGUCGCAACGCGCAAAGUGCAGGCGAAUCGGCUCUAAAGGUGAUUUUCGGAGCUCGACUUUUCGUCAUCCCGCCACUCUUAGCGGCCUUCCAGAAAGCAGUAGAAAAGAAUGACUUUCCCCGAAUCAAAGGCGGAUUGUUUGCCUUAUUGUUCGGCAGUCUGGCAAAGACAGUGGGCAGACACUGGAAAUACACGCCGGCUGUCAUCAGAACAUUCAUCGAGGCUAGUACUGCCGACAAACCCUCAAUUCAAAAGCUUUGCAGUGGCGGCUUAUUCCAGAUCAUGGAUUACGGUCGGCCCGGCGAUCGAAUGGCCAUCAUCGACCGCACUGUCGUUGAUCCAUUUGCGCCUGAGGAAGAUGUUGAUGACAGGAUCUCAAAGAAGAAAGCGUUCAUCUUGAGUAAGCGUGCAAACAUCGAGCGCAAGAAGGCAGAACUUGCGGAAGAGCUCAUCGAGCUCACUCGUGUCUCACAUUGGAAGAAGGCCACUCGUGUAGCAACGCUUGUCAUGUCACUAGGGAUGCGUUUCGACACGAUUGCUUCAGACAGUAUGAUUGACUUGAUAACUCUGGGCACGAUAGAUCCUCACCCGGACUUGCGAACAUUGUAUUCCCAAGGGCUGGUGGCCCUGUUCAGCAUGACCGACGUGCGAGCUGUGUGCAGCCACGACUAUGCCAAUUACAUCCAGGCAAUUCAAGACUUUCCCGCGAAAGUCAAGGUCGAGACUAGAGCCGGAGAAGAGUCGUGGACCGAAACCUUUUUGAAGGCCUUUUCUCAGCCCGAGGCCGAUGUCUACACCGAUCAUGAUUAUCCUGGUUGGCUUGUGUGGUCGAAAGACAUACCUGGGUACAAAGCUAGCGUGCAGACCGACAUCAUCUAUGAUGAACUCGAAUGGAAGAAACGAACCGUCAUCGGCAAACAUCUUGAUCGAGAAUGGUUUGUCACCCUUUUCAAAUACCUGAAACAGGAGCCUCGAGACCAAUCGGCGGAUAGGUUCCGCAUGGCCAAUGUCACGAUGUUGGUUUAUGUCUUCGAACUGAUUAUCAGAGACGGCCUAGCUGUGGCAACAUUUGAAGACAUCAAAGAAGAAACACUAGCCGUUCUUGACGACGGCAGCGACAAGCAUCAACAUCGUGCUACGGCAGAGAUCCUUGGUGGGUUGGUCACGUCGGUCAUGGAUCAUUCUGUUGAGCGCAGGACCAUGGUAUGGGAAUUCGCGUUCCCUAUAAUUCAGCGAGUCUUUUCAGACGGCUUGACCCCAGAGAAUUCCGGCUACUGGAAAACUUUCCUCUACGUGAUUCUUCAGGGCCGAGACCCUCGGAGGGCGUGGCCGCUGGUGGAGUGGCUGACCAGCUUCCGCCUUGACAUGGGAUCCAACGCUGCUUUCAAGGAAAGUUCAAAGAUACAUCUGCUCCAUGAAGUGAUCCUAGACGCUGGGUGGCGUUUCCAGCUUGAGAAACCCAUCAUGGAGAACUUCCUAGCCCACAUUGACCAUCCAUACAAGGGUGUUCGCGAGGCUAUGGCUCAAACUCUUGCUGCUAUUACCCGCACUCGAUACCAUGAGUCGUACAAGGACGUCAAGGAACUCCUCGAAGCCCAGAGACAGGCAGGUCCCAUCGGGACUCAGCCGUAUCUGCCAACGCAGGACUUUGACGAGACCAUGCGCGAGAUUUUCGAGCGCUUGGACAAGUGGCGGCAUGAACGCACACCCGGUCAACAGACCCCUUCCGCUUAUACGUCCGGCAGUAAAACGAUACUAUUGUGGCUUGACUCCAUGCUCUCUUCAUAUGAGUGCACUCAGUUGUUGAAGUACUUCCCCAACCUGUUCACCGAACAAUUCCUGCACAUGAUGGACGUCAAGGAGGAUCCUGAUUUGCAAUCUUUGGCUUACCAUGUCUUUCUACAUUUGCCGAACAUUCCUCAUCGAAUAGGAGAGGAUCAAGCGUUGAUCGAGUCAUUGAUCCGCAUCGGAAGGACAUCUCCGUCAUGGCACCAGCGUCUGCGUGUAAUGAUCAAUAUGCAGAUUCUCUUUUUCAGACGUCUGUUCUUGUUGUCCGAGGAGAGUAAGCAGAAGCUAUUCAACUGCGUGGCGGAUAUGCUCGAAGAUACACAGCACGAGGUCCGUGCAGGUGCAGCCACGACCCUAUCAGGAAUGAUUCGAUGCUCGCCGCUAGAGCUGCGAGAGAGGAUGAUCAUCCAGCUGCGGGAUCGAUGCACACAGAUGCUCAUCGACAACCCCCUCCCGAAGAAACCGAAGGGUCAACUAGCCGGGCUGUCAUCGGCGCGGACUUCAGGGACUAACACACCUACUCCCGAAGCACAGCGGCUGGUCAUCGUUCGCCAUGCGGCGGUGCUCGGUCUGGGCUCUUUGAUCCAGGCCUUUCCUUAUUCAAGCCCACCGCCGGCCUGGAUGCCAGAUGUUUUAGUCACGUUGAGCAGCAAAGCGGCGAAUGAUCCAGCAACUGUUGGCAACAGCGUCAAGAGCAUCAUAAGCGACUUCAAGAAGACGAGGCAAGAUACUUGGCAUAUAGAUGUUAAGGCAUUCAAACCAGAACAAAUUGAAGACCUCUCUGGGGUGUUAUGGAAGAGCUAUUUCGCUUAGCUUUUGCACUAACCUUUAGAAUGAAUUCGCGAAACUUCUUUGUGAUUCGAGCAUAGCGUUGGCGUUUUGUCUAAAGGGCACAUUACCCGGUCACAGUGGCGUUGUCGUCUGUUUCAGUCGGAAGUUUCUUCUGGUGGACUCUCGGUACCUUCAUCCAAUGUGUAAUUACGCCUCAGGGAUAACGAUUGUGCUCUCUCAGGACAAGGACUCAUGAUAUGGCUUGCGGCCGUCCUUCUACUCUAGACAGAAUUGGUUGGACAGGCAGGAGAAGUGUGAAAGGAUGUGUCUUUUUGGUCAUGUUUGGAGAGUGAAUGGGGCGAAGGAAGGGCGAAGAAGAGCUUAAUUGGUUUGCAUCGGGGAACUUAGAAAAUCCCUCGAUGCCUGAUAUGAACAGCAAUUCAUGACUGCUAUCCGCCACCGGCAUAUUGCUGGAGUCUCGAGUUUGAAG